AUGGCUGCUGCUGCGAUGGCGGCGGCGGAGUGGUUCAUCCUGUACGCCAUCCCGAAGGUGGCAGCGCAGGAGGAUGAUAGCAUCUUCGAGCAGCCCACCAACAUGUCCUUCACCUUCAGAAAAGCUCCGUGCCCCUCCUACGUAACUGUCGCGAGUAACGUCGUCAGUCCCGACGGCAUCAUCCACUACCCCUACAUCGCCGCGGACGACGGCCGCGGCAUCUUUCUCCUCUGCGGUUACACCGUGCUCGGGCUCACCUACUACCUCUUCGAUCCCUGGCGCCGCAGGACGCUGGGCGUCAUCCCUCGCGUGGGCGGCCUCAGGCUCCGCGACGUCGCCGGCCUCAUCCGCAGCGGCGGCGGCGACCGCCUCAUGGUCGCCGAGCUCAACACGUGGCUCCUCGACGACCGUGGCUCCGUCACGAUCCACUGCACGGUCGACAUGUACGGCUGGGACGAGAAGAAGUGCAAGUGCUCCGGCAUCACGGCCAAGAGACCGUGGAACGGAGACGGCGUCCUGUCCCACCAAGGCUUCCUCUGGUGGUUUGAUCUCUCCUACUGCAUCCUCGCCUGCGACCCCUUCGCCCCGGUGCCGGAGUUUUACCAGAUCAUGUUCCCGUCCGUCCCUGACGCGCUGCCCUUCGGCUGGAACCGCGACAUACACCGCUGCUUAAAGGUGAGCGACGGCCAGCUGCGCUACGUUCAGAUCCAUGGUGCAUCUGAGAAGCCGGUGGUCAGCAUCUGGACGCUGUCAUCCAGUGAUCCGUCAAAGGCGACAUGGGGAAGCCCGACCAGCCUCCCCUUGGAUGUGGUUUGGGAGGACAGCAGCUACAGUGAUGAUGCCCGGUUGCGUCCGGGGGUCGUCCCUGCUUUGCCGCUGGUCCACCCCAUGAACGCCAACGAGGUCUACUUCUUCUUGGACACAUGCAUCUUCGCCAUCGACCUCACAAAGAAAAAGGUCGUCUGCUGCGAGGAGUUCGGCAUUGGGUGGCUGCCGCCCAAAAUCCGCACCUCCCGCCUGGUCCAUGCUUGGCAGUGGCCGCGGCCGCGGCCGGUGAAGGUCACCAAGAUGAGUCCUCAGUCUGGGCCUGACGGGUUUCAUGUCAACGAGAUUGGUUUAUUGACUCGGUGGAAGUCCGUGAAGGAUUUCCAUAACAGAGCUGCCAUCAUCAUGAGGUCGCGUUCCGAACUAGAUGACACGGAUCUCGACGAUGACUCAGUUGACUCGGAUACGAGCGAGGAGGAGAUUUAG